GGAAAAGGUUGAGAGGGAAGAAGAGACAAAAAGAAGAGAGAGAGAGAGAGAGAGAGAGAGAGAGAGAAUGCCAUCAGGAACGUCGGACUUGGGGAUUCCCGAGGACAUACUGAAACUCCUGCCGUCCGAUCCGUACGAUCAGCUCGACGUGGCCUGCAAGAUCACCUCCAUCGCCCUCUCGACACGUGUCUCCGAGCUCGAGUCCCAGUCGUCCGCCCUCCGCGCCGAGCUCGCCCAGCGGGACGCCCUCAUCGCCGACCUCCGCUCCCGCCUCGACUCCUCCGAAACCGAGAAGGAAAGGUUGGUGAAGGAGAACGAAUCGCUAUCGCAUACAGUGCAGAAGCUCAGCAGACACGUUGAGAAGUUGGAGUUCUUAAAAAAGACUCUUGUACAGUCUCUCCAGGAGGACAAGCAGACUUCUGCACUUCGCACUGAAUUUUACUCACAGGAGAGAGCCCCACCGAUAAUUGCCAAGCCAACACCGAUUGAAGAUGAUGGCAGCCUGCCUCCUUCAAGGUCUUCGUCGAUUCAGAGUGAGUUAUCUGAGAUGGAAAAUCCAUCAGUUGGGGUUCGAGAUACAGAAGUGCCAACCCAGAGUCUUCAUGUCCUCUUAUCAGAAAGAAGCAGCCCUGAGCUCACUCCUCUGGAUUCCCCUCCAAGUUUGUCUGGAUCCGUGUCCCCGUCACGAUCUUCCAAGUUAGUGUACUCGAGGCGGCACACAAUGUCCUUAUCAAGUGCAGGAAGCGCAUUCGAUGAUCGGUCUUCUAUGCACUCCUUGUCCAGCAUGGAAACAAGGUCUCAGACAGGAAGAAGUCUAGUUGAUGCGAGAGAAUUCUUGCGGAAAGUCAGGACGCGUCUUUCCCAUGAGCAAUUUGGCGAGUUUCUAGAGAGUGUCAAGGAUUUCAAUUCUCACCGACAAAACAGAGAAGAGACACUGCGAAGGGCUGCAGAGAUCUUUGGCACAGACAACAGUGACCUUUACGAUACAUUCCAGGGACUAUUGGCUCACAACACCCAUCGGAGUCGCUAAGCUGGGUCUCGGCAUUCAUCAGAGUUUGAAAUAAUCACAUUGAACCCCAUUCUGAUCCCUCUUCUAAUUUUUGUGUACAAAAUGUAAUAUCCAAAGGUCAUGAAGGUAGCAACGUUAUUCCUGUCUCUUCCUCCAUGCCUAGUUUAUGUUAUUUCAAGAGUUCUGUAAAAUGCGGAACAGAACAUUGGGAGAAACUCCGAGUUUCUAAGUCGGAAUGAUCCGAACAAAACCCGAUUGAAAUAAUUUUGGGCAUUACCAACUGCUUAA